CUGGGAUUGAGUUGAGUUGGUUUUGUUGUGGGGAGGGGGUAGGCUCUUUGGAAGUGGAUUGUUGGGGUGGAUAGCUCUGGAAUAUGGGGCUUGGAAGAGUGAUGCUGUUGUUUUGUAGGAUUGUAGGAUUUUUCUUUUUAUAUCAGUGGUGGAUUUCUUAGCCAUUUUUGGGACUUUUAUGUCUGUUAUGAUUUUCAUUGUACUGGAACGAAAUGAUGAUAACCUGACGAUUCUAAGUGGUUUUAUGAUUGCAGGAUCCAAUUUGAUGGAUGAUUUGAAGACAAUACAGUCAGCAGUGACUGGAUCUUUCCUUUGGACCAACUUUGAAUGGAUUAUUCACAUAGAACGAAAGAAGAAACGUGAGACAGGUUGCCGUUAUACCGUUAAUGGAGAUGACUAUGGAAAAAACAAUGUGUGAGACGUCUCUGGUGAGACAUACUUGGCAAUCUUAUACAGACUGCAGUCUUACCAAAAACAUAUCUUCCCACUUCCAAGAAUCGCUUCGACUCAGUAAACAA